AUGACAGACUAUCCGCUCGACGCGACGAUGACCGGCGAGCAGUCGUUGCCCCGUGAGGAUGAGACGAACAAGACGACCGCCACCGCCGUCGCCGUCGUCGAGACGGAUCCGAACAAGGACCUGACGCUGCUGCAGUCCAUCAAGAAGUGGCCCAGGGUCGUUCUCUACUGCGUCGGCCUGACCUUUGCCAUCCUCAUGUACGGCUACGACUAUGCCAUUGUCGGCACCACGUCUGCCAUGCCCAGCUUCCAGCGUGACUUUGGCGAGCAGCUCCCCGACGGCAAGUGGAUUCUGCCAUCGCUAUGGCUCGGGCUCUGGACCUUUGCCAGCCCCGGCGCGUCCAUCAUCGGGGCCAUAGCCGGGGGCUGGUUCCAGGACUGGCGCGGGCGACGGGCGUCGCUCGCCCUGGGGUCCUUGCUCUGCGCCGUCGGCGUCGCCAUCUCCUUCGUCUCCAGCCAUCCCGCCGACAUCAACGGCCGCCGCGGCGUCUUCCUCGCCGGCAAGGGCUUCCAGGGCGGCGCCAUCGGCAUGGUCAUGACCACGACGCAGACGUACAUGUCCGAGAUUGCGCCCCCGAGCCUGCGCGGGCCCCUGCUCGCCUUGUUCCCCGUCUUCACCCUCCUCGGGCAGCUCAUCGGCGCCGCCGUCAUCUUCGGCUGCCUCAACCUCCCCAACGGGUACACCAUCUGCUUCGGCACCCAGUGGGUCUUCUCCGCCAUCCCGCUGCUGCUCUCCUACGCCAUCCCCGAGAGCCCGACCUACCUGGUCCGCAGGGGCUUGCUCGACGAGGCGCGCCGCGCCCAGCGCCGGCUCGACGGCCACGACGACGUACCGACCGAGGAGACCAUUGCCGCGAUCCGGCGAAACAUUGAAGAGGAACGCAAGAGCGCGCGCGCGACCUACCGCGACUGCUUCAAGGGGGCCAACCGCAGGCGCACCGUGAUCGUCAUGUUUGCGGGCGUGCUGCCGCAGAUGUUUGGCUUGACGCUGCUGUCCAAGGCGAGCUACUUUGUCCAGGUCCUCGGCAUGUCGUCGACCCUGAGCGUCCUGGUCCUCAUCCUGGGCAUCGUGUGUGGCGUGCUGGCCAACGUGUGCAGCAUUUACAUCAUGUCGAGAGUCGGGCGCAGGAACUUGACCAUGUACAGCCUGGCCAUCCUGACGAUCCUCUGGGGGGCCAUGGGCGUCGCCGGCAUCUGGCCCGGCACCAUUUCCAUGUGGUAUUCGGCCGCGACCAUGAUCCUCGCCAUCACGGUCGCCGGGCUCAGUGUCUGGCCCGCCUCGUACGCCGUCGGCGCGGAGGCCUCGUCGCUGCAGCUGCGAGCUCGGGCUCAGGGCGUCGGCUGGCUGACGGCAGGCGUGGCCGCCGCGAUCUUCGGCUUCGCGCUGCCCUACAUCUACAAUCCGGACCAGGGUGACCUCAAGGCUAAGACUGCGUUUGUCUUCGCGGGGCUGUGCGCCGUCAGCUUCGUCGCGUCGUUUUGGCUGAUCCCGGAGAUGAAGGGCCGGACGCCCUCGGAGAUUGACCGCAUGUUUGAGCAGAAGCUCCCGUCGCGCAAGUUUAGUUCAUGGAGGGGAGACGAGAGCAUGGACGGCGCGGUGAUCAAGCUGGAUAGUCGGACGGUCUAGCCUCGUGUGCGCAGAGUUACUCCCCUUUAGCAUUGAGCAGCGAUAAAUUCAGACGC